AACGCGGUUUAUUAAUGUGUUGGUGACUUGUGCGUCGAAAUUCAAGAAAUUUCUUUAAAUAUUAUACUUUAAAAAUACAUAUUUAAAAAUAAGUGACUGUCACCCAACAAAUAUGUGUUGAUAUAACAAAUAGAUGUUACAGAACUUUGCAUUGUUCAGAAUUAUUAUUUUACAGAAAGGCAUCGACUACAUGAUGCCUAUUUACACAUAUGAGUGUACAUGUGUACUACGUCUGUGUGCGUUCAUUAAAUCUUGAUGAAAGUAUAUAAAGACCGUCAUUUCACAAACAGAUUUGGCUUCGUGUUGUGCUUUGCGAAGUCUUUUCAGGUGUAUUAUUCUCCAUGCUGGAUGGAAUAAGAAUGAAAAAGCCAUGCGCUAGGAUAAUAUGUUUUCAUACUUGUAAACACUGUUCUAAUGUGGGGUGAAGGACAUUGUAAAAACUUUGUUUUGUCAGCGACUACAAAAGGUAGAAUACACAACUGCACACGUGUCAAAGGCCUUGCGACGCUUACGUGAGUGUAAACGAGAUAGAUAGACCACUAGAAAGGUGGAACUGUCGAAGCAGGCAGUAUUCGCGACAAUCGUGGGAAUUUCUUAGCACGAAUUUUGACGAGCCAUUCGAAAAGUGCUAUUUUAUGUGAACAGACGUUAUAAACAUUACGUUCGUUGAUGUUGCAUUUCUUAGUAAAAUUAAACAUUUACUUCAGUUACAUGAAUUUGUGACUUUUUAUAGCAUUAGCUUAAAGAAUUACACGUGCCGCAAGAAUAGUGAUAUUUCAACCACAAUAAUUUUUCUUUGCAAUCUAGUGUUUUGUGCACUCGUGACGAUCCGGUAUUGCCCCUCCACCGCCGUAUGUUUUGCGUUAUACCUUUCGUCUUGCUACAUAUCUAACAUUGACACCGCUAUUUGUAUUGUACUUAUUUACAUAUUCACAAUCAUUGCUGUUGUAAAAAGACUCAUUUCAAAGUUGUGGACUAGUCUUAUUUUGUUAGUUCUGUGAGCAGACAACGGCCUCAAACUGGCGGAAAAGAAGGUCGCUUUGACAUUAUGCCAGACUUCUGUGCUAAAAGUGUACUAUGCUGUAAUCGAAGAUGUAAUCGCUAAUGUGCGCGACGCCUUUCUGGAUGAGGGCGUCGACGAACAGGUUUUGCAAGAGAUGAAACAAAAUUGGCGGGCUAAACUAAUGGCAAGCAAAGCUGUGGAAAUAAAUCCCGAACCUCCAGAACCACAACCGCCACCAAUUAUAGCCAAUAAUCCGAAGGCUGCCACCGCCAAAGCUAAGAAAGCAGCAGCGGCUGCCGCUGCAGCUGCAGCUCAACAAAACAGCAGUAAUAGUGCAACGAGUAGUGGCACUAACGCUAAUGCGUCCAGCGAUAUAAAACCAAGCAUUACGCAGCUACAGUCGAACAUGGUAAAUGGAGCUGGUACUAUCGUUGGUCCGACCACAUCGGCCGCAGCCAACAACUCGGCCGCAAUGAAUGGAGGUCUUAAACAGGAGCUGGGAAAAUCAGUGUCGACGCUAAGCGGCGGAUUGGGCAACAGCUUACAGAAAUCGAAUGUGAUUGGCAACGCGCAAACAGGUGCAACACCUGUAGCUUCUUCGUCAGGAAUAGGCGGUGGUGUAGGUGGCUCACAGCAACAAUCAACAAAUUCCACCAUACCGAUUGUAGCCACACUUGAUCCUAAUCGCAUUAUGCCUGUAAACAUAACAUUACCCGCUCAAACUGGCUCCAUGAACACAGAAUCUCGCGUACUCACCAUACACGUGCCAGCAUCGGCGCUUCAAGAUAAUCAACUAACACAAAUAUUGACCGCGCAUUUAAUUUCGUCUAUAAUGUCGUUGCCAACAACGCUGGCCUCCUCGGUGCUGCAGCAGCACGUGAAUGCGGCACUCAUAAAUAGCAACAUGCAGAAAAGUUUUAAUGCUUCAAAGCAACUUGAUGGCGCUGUAGACACUUCAGACGAAGAUGAAAGUGAAGAAAGCGAUGAUAACAUGGACAAUGAUGAUGACGAUGAUUUAGAUAAAGACGAUGACGAGGACGCGGAAAACGACGGUGGCGCUGAAGAAGAACCGCUCAACAGUGAUGAUGAUGUGACGGACGAGGAUGCCAGCGAUGUAUUCGAAACGGAUAACGUUAUCGUUUGUCAGUAUGAUAAGAUCACACGUUCACGCAACAAAUGGAAGUUUUACCUUAAGGAUGGUAUUAUGAACAUAGGUGGGAAAGAUUAUGUAUUCCAAAAGUCCAAUGGGGACGCGGAGUGGUAAAAACCAAUACCACAAGACAGUCAAGUUAUUUGCUACUUUUAAUGCUACCACACAUUUGCUUUCUGUAAUUUUUGAGCAAUUGUUCAUGCCAAAAGUCAAACAUUUUUAAUUUACUAUUGUUAUUAAUUUACGUUGAAUAUAUUAAGUUCGACAUAUUUCGCCGACAGACAAAAAACAAUAAAGAUUUAUAUGCACCAUUGAUUUGAGCAGAAAUUCCAGUUUGAAAGCCUCUUUCCCAAGCAUAAUUGCACGCAAAUGGAAAUAGUUAAGCAUGUGUAUAUAUUUUUCUGCAUUGUAAGAAUACCUGAUUGAUGAUAAACAGUUGAAAGUGCAUUGAUAACAACAGCAAACCAAACAAAUAUUUACACAAAAUUCGUUAUAGAUUAGAAAAGUAAAAGCAAAAAUGGGAUUGAUGAGAAAACACAUUUACUCUUACAUAAAAACGUAAUAACUUUGCAUUGUUACAAAAUUUAACAAAGCUGAAAAUAGCUAUUUAUGUAUCUUAUUUACACUAUUACAAAAUAAAAAUAUCAAAUUCAAUGCUA